AUUCCGCGCCGCACCUGCUCGACGGAUUGCCUGCCCACCCCAAGCAGCUAGCCAAGGUCUCCACCCGUGGGCGUGCCAUGGCAUCGCUCCGCGCGGCCCCCGGGCUGCCAUUCUCGCCGCGCCCGGCGUGCUGCCGCCCUCCCAGCUCGCCUGGCGUGCAGUUCUUCACUCCGGCUUCUGCAGGCGGCGCCGGCGGAGUCGGGCGCCGGCGCUCGUACCCGAGGAUCGAGGCCACGGCGAGGCACGGCGCGAGGAAGGAGAACCCCAAGGUCAGGAACCGCAGGCUGCAGAAGAAGUUCAAUGGCACGGCGACGAAGCCGAGGCUGUCCGUGUUCUGCUCCAACAGGCAGCUCUACGCCAUGCUCGUCGACGACCACAACAGGAAGAUCCUCUUCUACGGCAGCACGCUGCAGAAGGCCAUCUGCGGCGACCCGCCCUGCGGCGCCGUGGAGGCAGCUGGGAGGGUCGGGGAGGAGCUCAUCAGGGCGUGCAAGGAGCUGGACAUCACCGAGAUCUCGUCCUACGACCGCAACGGGUUUGCUCGAGGGGAGAAGAUGAUGGCGUUCGAGGUUCCGGUCUCGCAGUACGGGUUCCUGCCAAGAUAGCAGCAGCAAAUUGUUAGAGAUAGAGAUGCCUUUCUGUAGAUAGGAUAGUAAUAGUGUGUAUUUGAUGAAAAAUGAACUGGAAACAUGUGAAUUGGUGGCUGUGUGUUACUGUGAUGCAUCAGUUUCUUGGAGAGCAUGCAAGUUAAUUCAAGUUUCACAGAAGAUAUCGAGUCAGAAUCUGCUAUGGAACAAUACUUCUUCACUCUCGACAUGAUUCAAACCUUUUCUUCUCUCUCGUUAA